AUGGCAGAUAACAAAUCAAAGACAGACUACACUCUUCAUGUGUACUUUACCCGAUACUCGAGUUGGGGAUCGCGGGUAGAACUUAUUCUUUCAUACUUCCAUAUACCCUGCGACAUCCAGCUUUAUGGCAUGAAUAAUCCGGCCGCCGCACCGCCGGCACGUUUCGCGAAAGGUCUGCUCCCUGCCUUACAGGUAGGUGAGGAAGACGAAAAUUUUGUAAUCGCCGACUCUCUCGCUAUAAGCGAGUUUUUGGCAGAGCAGCACCCAGAGCUUCACUUGUGGCCAGAGGACCUCAAGUUAAGGGCACUGGCAAGAACGGCAGUAGCGCAGAUGCAUUCUGGUUUCAGUGAAAUUCGCAAUACGUAUGCGACCAACUUCCUCGGCAAGUAUUCUGGCAAUAUUCCCCUCAGCGAAUCUGUUGCAAAAGAGAUCAGGGGAAUGGUUGAACUUUGGAGCAAGGCGCGAGCAGAUACUAAGAAAAGGCUGCAAGAGCUGGGCGACGAAGAUGAAGGAUUCCUAUUCGGCGGCUUUAGUAUUGCCGAUGCUUUUUUCUGGCCUGUUCUAUGGCGUUUUCGCAGCUACCAACUACCCCUGACUGGGAUUAGUGAAGACGGUUUGAAGUGGAUGGCGAAGAUGUGGAAUGACCCAACCAUAAAACUCCAGAUCCAGGAGUACUUCCGACAAGCGAAAAACCCAUUAAGCAAGAUUGAGAAGUAUGAGGAUAUUUUCAAGAGCAACUCUGAUGUUGAGUAUGGUCAAUUUACUGAGGACUGGAUCUUUGAGUCAUAG